AACUCCUGCCCUUACUCAGUGAAACUUUUUAAAGAGUUUUCGAUCCUCUUUGCGAAGCUAAAGUACCGCACAGUCGAAGCUAGAGCAGCUGUAACAUCUGCUGUUCACCCUCCCCGAACCCCGUUUUGUGAUAAAGCUGUGCGUUUUUUUAAUCGGUAAAGUUUUGUUUUCUUUGCUUUCGUAUUUUAUUGGACACGACUUAAGUGUUGCUGAUAGUUUGUUUGUUUUUUUGUUUGAAGUCGCCGAAUAAAUGAAUACGCUCAGGGACUCGGCGAUUGAACGUUUUCACUUGCGAUAAAUUAUCAUUUUUACAGAUUUUCUGUUAAGGACAGCGCACGAGAAGCAAACAUCUGGAUUUCGGCAAGGAAGUAGCUGCUGUUUUUGUACAGUUUGAGCCUUUGAAGUAUUUCCUAAAAGCGGGGUACUGGAUGGAUAUGGCUUGGAUCACAUGGAACCUUUUACUUUCCAUAGGUUUUUUCGUUUCACCAGCGUUCACGGCCAGGGAGCAAAGUGGAUUUAGGAGAUAUUACGUGUUGCAGCCGGGACCAAGCGGUACGGAUAGGGUGCACGUGAGUUCGAUUUCAUCCCGCAGUGGGUCCGUGGGACAGCCUCACUCGUAUAAUGUGGAACUCAGGACCAGCUACGGUGGCCAAGUUCGGAAUCGUAGGAUGGGGACGCAAGCGAACCCAAGCUUGCCGCUUCGCCAGGAUACGCAGAUCACACAGCAACAGAAGCAACCGAUUCGGCACACAAGUCAUCAAAUCAAAAUUUCGGGGGUGAACGUCUGCGGGGGGCAGUGCUGUCAGGGAUGGAGCAAAGCUCCGGGAUCCCAGAGGUGCACGAAACCUAACUGUCUGCCCCAGUGCCUGAAUGGCGGCAUGUGCCUGAAGCCCCAGCACUGCGUCUGCAAGCCGGGCUCCAACGGCAAGGUGUGCGAGCACAAGACCACCAGCACGCCCUCGCUCAACCCCCCCGCCACGGGCAAGGGCCAGCCCAGCGGGACCCCCCAGCGGCCCAUCCCCCAGCAGGCCCCCUCCCCGCCGCAGUACCACCCCCCGGCCCCCCCCGCCGGCGGCGGCGUCCCGCAGAUGACCCUGACCGUCAAACAGCAGCCGCACCUCGUCCGGCCCCAGCUCGUACCCCAGCAUGUCCGUUCCCCUCUCUCCAUGACUGUGCACCGAAGCAGCAGCCAGCAGUUCGUCAUGAAGCCCAAGUACUACCACACCCACACCCAGGUGCACAGCUCCGGCACGCCCAUCAACAGGCCCAUCCCCCUCUCUGUGGGCCACGCCCCCUUCCAAGUGGGGAACCACACGGGGCGCAUCAAGGUGGUCUUCACCCCCACCAUCUGCAAGGUCACCUGCAACGGCAGGAAGUGCCAGAACAGCUGCGAGAAGGGCAACACCACCACCAUCAUCAGCGAGAAUGGCCUCGCCACCGACACCCUCACGGCCCCCAACUUCAGAGUGGCAAUCAUUGGAUGCACAAUGCUGGAAUCUCUGUUGCGGCUCUCCUCCGAUGCCGACUUUGCCAACUUUAUGACGCCGGCCAAUCGCGAGGCGGCUCUCGCUCCCAUGCGUGGCAGGGGCCCCCCGGAGCUCCGCGCGUUAAUGGAUGCGCUCCUGGGCUCCUCCUCCUCCUCCUCCUCCUGGAUGAUUGAUGAGCCACUUGCUCUGCCCCGCAAGCCGCAUGCGAAGUAG